AUGAGCGGAAAGGAGGCACUGGAGUAUCAAACACCUCCCACCUGCGAGCUGCUUGGCCUUCUGCUGAAGAACAGGCGUCCUACUGGUGCUGUCAACAAGAUCUGGCCCAACCUCUACAUUGGAGACGCGACGACGGCACAAAACAAAAGACUGUUAGAGGGUCUGGGAGUGACCCAUGUGGUGAAUGCAGCAGAUGGAGCCCAGCACAUCAGCACAGGGCCACAGUUCUACCAGGACACCAACAUAAAGUACCAUGGAGUUGAAGCCAGCGACUCCAAAGACUUUAACUUGAGACCUUUCUUCUCAGGCACUACUGAAUUUAUCAAUGAUGCUCUCAAGGAAAAUGGAACAGUUCUGGUUCACUGCGCUCGAGGAAUCAGCCGCUCAGCGACUCUGGUCCUGGCCUUCCUCAUGAUCAAGGAGCACCUCACUCUGCUGGAAGCUGUUCAGACAGUUCGCAGGCACAGAAAUAUUCUACCCAAUGCUGGAUUUCUUGAGCAACUCCAGGAACUGGACUUGUACUUGAUCUCGCAGAGGAAGACGACCCGAGUGAACCAACUGGUAUCUGCAUGAACUUUGGAGCAGUAAGAUGGAAGGGAAAACAAA